AUGGAUAAUGACGAUUAUCAACAAGUAUGGGAUGAAGCGUUUGAUUUUCUAGUUCAAGAGGUGCAGCGGGAAGCUGAUGAGGAAGCAGAGCGGGAGGCGGCGGUCCCUCGUCUGAUCCAUCAUCGGCGAACAAUCCGCAACCAUGCCGGGGUUGACCGGAUGCUGAUGGUUGACUACUUUGGCGAUAACCCCUGUUAUCCACCAGAGGUUUUCUGUUGGCGUUUCAGAAUGUCGCAACGACUCUUCACCCAUAUAGCGACGACAUUGGCUGGGCGAUACAGGUGCUUCACCCCCCGACGUGAUGCGACUGGCCGGAUCGGGCUCUCGACGUUUCAGAAGUGCACCGCAGCUAUUAGACAGCUUCCUAUGCCGGGCAGGCAGACAUGUUCAACGAAUACCUGUAGAUGGGCGAGACGACAAGCCUACAGAGUUUCUACGGAAGCCAACCGGCGCCGACUGCCAGAGAUUGCUACAAAUGCAUGGGAGUGUGCACGGUUUUCCUGCGAUGAUGGGCAGCAUCGAUUGCAUGCACUGGAAGUGGAGGAACUGCCCGCGUGGAAAGGGCAAUUCAUUACUCGGUUCAAAAGCAAAAACCUCUCGAUGAUCCCGGAAGCCGUAGCUGACUACAGGUUGAGGAUCUGGCAUACGUAUUUCGGUGUCGCAAGAUCGAAUAACGACAUCAAUGUUCUGCAGUCGUUGCAUCUCUUCAAUGACGAGUGCCGGGGUGAGGGUCCGGAGGUCAUAUUCAUGGCCAACGGCACGCAGUUCAAUAGGGCAUACUAUUUGGUAGAUGAGAUAUACCCGCAUUGGCCCGUAUUUGCCAAGACAAUCCGGCAUCCGAGCGAUGGGCAUCAGACGAGGGUGCUAGUUCACGUCAUGGUGUUGCCACUGCGCCGAUACAGAUGGGUGUACCACGCAGUGAUCAAUACUUGA